AUGAGGGAUGAUCGAAUGUGGAUGUAUAGUCGGCGUGACGAAAGUGGAAAAGGACUCAACAAAAAGUUUAUAGAUGGUGUAGAACAAUUUGUGGCAUUUGUUCUUUCUCAACCAAAUCUAGUCUCAAAUGGCCAAAUAAGGUGUCCGUGUUCAAAAUGUGACAAUAAGAAAUUUUUAGAGUAUGAAAUCGUCAAGGUUCACCUUUAUCGUCAUGGUUUUGUCCCUAAUUAUGACCCAUGGAGUUAUCACGGGGAACCUUUACAUUAUGAUGAUGUUGAUUAUGAGGUUGCUAGAGAUAUUGAAGAAAGAGUUGAAGGUGCUAAUGAAACAAGGGAUGAUGUUAUCUUAGAAAACCCAUAUUAUACCAUGAUUUUAGAUGCUGUUGGUCCUAGUGUCAAUCCUAAUACUAAUAUAGAGUUAGAUGAUCCUCCAAGCCAUAAUGCUCAAAAAUUUUAUGAGAUGUUGGAAACUGCUAAAGAGCCACUGUAUGAAGGGUGUAGUAGGCACACUCCAUUAUCAGCAAUAUCUAGAUUGUUAAAUAUCAAAUCUGAGUUUAACUUGAGUGAGAAUUGCUAUAAUUGUAUUUUACAAUGGGUAAAAGAAUUGUUGCCAAAUGAUGAAAAAUUGCCUAAAGACUAUUACAAGACUAAACAAAUGGUAGGACAACUUGGUUUGAAGUAUGAGAAAAUAGAUGUGUGUCGAAAUGGUUGUAUGCUGUACUAUAAGGAGAACAAGGAAAGGAGGGAAUGUUUGGUGUGUGGCCAUGAUCGCUUUAAAUCUAGAAAAAGAGAUAAUGGAAGUAAUAAAGACAUACCGUACAAGGUGCUGCGUUAUUUCCCAUUGACUCCAAGAUUACAAAGGCUUUAUAUGUCUUCUAAAACAGCAGAGCACAUGGUAUGGCAUCAUAAAACAAGGCGAGAGCCAGGGGUCAUGUGUCAUCCUUGUGAUGGCGAGGCAUGGAAACAUUUUGAUCAAUGUUAUCCCUCUUUUGCUUUAGAACCUCGAAAUGUUAGGUUAGGCUUAUCAUCAGAUGGGUUUACUCCAUUUGGGCAAUCUGCACAUCCAUAUUCAUGUUGGCCUGUAAUUGUUACACCAUAUAAUUUGCCCCCUGGGAUGUGCAUGAAAACCCCAUAUAUGUUUCUUACUCUUAUAAUUCCUGGCCCAAAGAGCCCUGGGCAAAAAAUUGAUGUGUACUUGCAACCUUUAAUUGAUGAGUUGAAAGAAUUGUGGGAGGUUGGUGCUUUAACCUAUGACUCAUAUAAGAAGCAAAAUUUUUAUAUGAGAGCUUCACUAUUAUGGACUAUUAAUGACUUCCCUGCUUAUGGCAUGUUAUCGGGAUGGAGUACGCAUGGAAUUUUGUCAUGCCCAAUUUGUAUGGAGUACAGUAAAUCAUUCUUCUUGGAAAAAGGAAAAAAGGAUUUGCCUUAUUGGAAUACCAACUUGAUUCGCCAUAAUCUUGAUGUUAUGCAUAUUGAGAAGAAUGUAUUUGAUAAUAUAUUCAAUACUGUUAUGGAUGUUAAAGGUAAGACGAAGGACAAUGAAAAGGCUAGAGAGGACUUGUCUACUUAUUGUAACCGACCAGAAUUGGCAUUGUUUAAGAGUGUUGGAAAGACAAUGAAGCCAAAAGCAACAUACACUUUGACAAAGCAACAAAGGAAGUUGGUAUGUGAAUGGAUUAAAAAUUUAAGACUUCCUGAUGGACAUGCUUCAAAUUUGUCUAAAUGUGUUGACAUGGAAAAUUGUAAAUUGUUAGGGAUGAAAAGUCAUGAUUGUUAUGUAUUUUUACAAAGAUUGCUCCCAAUUGCCUUUAAAGAUUUAUUACCUGAGGCUAUUUGGAAUGCCUUAACAGAAAUAAGUCUAUUCUUUAAAGACAUAUGCUCAACAAUUAUAACAGUGGAGCAAAUGCAAAAGCUUGAAGAAAAUAUUGUUGUAACUAUUUGCAAGUUAGAAAAGUUCUUUCCUCCAGCCUUCUUUGACUCCAUGAAACAUUUGCCUAUUCACUUACCUUAUGAAGCAAGAGUUGGUCGACCCGUUCAGUAUCGAUGGAUGUAUCCAUUUGAAAGAAUAUUUGAAGAACAACUUAGGAAAAGAAUACCUAAUGCAACCAAUGAGGAUGUAGAGACUAAGAUAGAUAGUGAAUUUGCAAAGUGGUUGAAAGAAUAUGUUUUUGACCCAAAUAACAAUGUAGAUGAUGUUCGUAUAAAGGAUCUAGCUUUUGGGCCAUCUAGAGAAGUACAUACAUGGUCUCAAUAUUUUGUCAAUGGAUAUCGGUUUCACACACGUGCUUACAACUCAUCAAAAUCUACCAUGAACUGUGGAUUGGGGUGCAAGGUUCAUAGUCGUUAUGGCCUAGUUGAGAUCAAUAAGAGAAAACGAUUUUCAAAGUAUGAACCAUUUGCACUUGCUCAACAAGCUCAACAAGUUUAUUUUGGAGAAUAUGCUAGUAAGAAGAGGGAGAGGGCUGAUUGGUGGGCUGUUUGUAAAAUAAAAGCAAGGAGUAUGAUAAAUGCACCAGAAGUAGCCUUCCAAGAAGAUGAUAUGGGAUUGCCAUAUGACACAAGCAUGGAUGCAAUUAAUAAUCUUUGUGAAGGGGUAGCUGAAGAACUUGAAAUACAAGAAAAUGAGAUGAGAUUACAGUAUGAAACAAAUGAUGUUGAUGAACUAGAAAAGUUAGAUGAGGAAGAUGAGCUUGAAAAUGAGGAAUUUCAAAUUGAAGAGGAAGAUGAACUUAGUGAGAGUGAUAGUAUUGAAAGUGAUGAAUCAAAUACUGAAAAGGAAGAUGAAGCUUAG